AUGCCGACUACACCUCCACGGGAGUCGCACAAACUUCCAGUAGAGAUGAAUCUUCGUCUCCAACAAGAAAUCAGUCCUUCUCCUACCCUGUUAGGCAGUUCAUCUCUGCAUGCGAUGGAAAAGGAUCAUCUGCCUCCACAACCCAUCUGCCACAAAUACAAUACAUCUGGUAGUAACAAACAGCAUGUGACCACAAAGAAUACUGCAAAGCUUGAUCGUGAGACUGAGGAACUGAAACACGAAACCAUUCCAUUGGACGUUGGCAAGUUGAUUCAGCAAGGGCGUCAAGCUAAAGGACUCAGACAGAAGGAUCUUGCUACAAAAAUCAAUGAGAAACCACAGGUGAUUACUGAUGAACGGAUUGCGAGCAAGAGGGUCAGCGUGUCGCGCGCGCCAGAAGGUCUACAUAUUUUAAGUUUAAUUAAGAUUCCCUAUUUCCAAUACGUUUAUAUCUAUAGGGGUUCAGUGAAUACAGUGUCUCGCAACUUAAUCGUGGUAUUAUUGUCUCAGCCGUUACCUUACCCUUGA